AUGAGUGAAAUCCCAGCGACAAACGCCGAAUGGGCGGACAAGAUAGCCAACAUGAAGAAGCAACUACCGAGGCGUUCCCUGACCCAGCGACCAAUUCCAACACAAAUCCACCGUACAAUUGACCACACACUCCUUGCGACCCCAGUCGAUGCCUCACUGAUCGACAAGCUGUGCAAAGAAGCCCUUGAAUGGGACUUCGCCGCCGUAUGCAUUCGACUGGAGCACGUCCCCCGGGCAGUGGCCCACCUCAAAGGCAGCACCACAGCGGUUGCAUGCGUGGUCGGGUUCCCGGAGGGCACGCACGAAACAUCCGAGAAAGUGCGCAAGGCCAAAGAGGCCGUUGAACAGGGCGCCACUGAACUCGACAUGGUGAUCCAGUACGACCUGCUGAAAGAGGGCCGGUACAAGGAGGUGUUCGAUGACGUUCUUGCGGUGCGCCACGCAGCGCAGCGGCCAAUUGUCCUCAAGGCGAUUUUAGAGGCGUCUGUGCUUGAUGAAAACCAGCUCAUCGAUGCGACGAUCGUGUCGUGCAUGGCUGGCGCAGACUACAUCAAAACUAGUACCGGCUGGAAUGGCGGCGCGAGUACUCAGCAUGUUCAGUUGAUGAACUUCGCGGCCCAAUUGUGUGGGUGCACUUGCUUGAUCAAGGCUAGUGGCGGUAUACGCAAUGCGGAGGAGCUGUUGCGCAUGCUUAAGGCUGGAGCGAAUCGCAUUGGAACUAGUUCUGGGGUUAAGAUUAUGAAAGAAAUCGAUGAGGGAGAGGUUCUUGAACAGGGAUGCGGUCAUGCGGUGUCUUGA